AUUCUGAAGUCAUCGACUCAUUGUAUGGUAACCGUGCCUACUUAUAUGGACCAACUUUUUAUGAAAAUCACAACUUGUGUGGAGCAAAAGAUGGCUUCAGAGAUCAAGGUUGAAGUGAUCCACAAGGAAACAAUUAAACCAUUCUAUCCAACUCCUGACCACCUAAGAAGCUUGAGCCUCUCUGUUUUUGAUCAGUAUCAACCUGAAGUUUAUAUCCCACUACUUAUCUUCUAUCCCAACAACAAUAACAGCGACAACAGCCAGGUCAAAAACAGUGAUCAUCGUUCAUUGUUUGCCGAAAGGUCCAUCCUUCUAAAGAAAUCACUGUCUGAAGCCCUCACUCGAUUCUACCCCUUCGCCGGAGAAUUCAAAUACAAUGUUUCAAUCAAUUGCAAUGACCAUGGGGCUGCAUUUCUUGAAGCCCAAGUCAACUGUCCUGUAUCGAAGAUUUUGAAAAACCCCGAUUUUGAGAUCCUAAAACAGUUGCUUCCAACUGAUUGUAUGUCCACGCAAGCUGAGACAGGAUAUCUUGUGCUAGUCCAGGCCAACUUAUUUGAAUGUGGAGGAUUGGCAAUCGGGAUCAGCAUUUACCAUAAAGCCGCCGAUGCUUUUACAACCACCACAUUCAUCAAAUGUUGGGCUGCACUUGCUUUUGGCUCGGCCAGUAGUACUACUGAUCACCACGUAUUGCUUCCCGAGGAAUUCGGUGUUGCAGCUUCUCUUGCACCAUCCCAUGAUUCCUUCGACUCACCAGGAGCUCCUGUGACAUUUUCUACGGAGAAACUCACAACGAGGAGGUUUGUGUUUGAUGCUUCGAAAAUUUCUGCUCUCAAGUUUAAGGCUGCUAGCGCCACGGUGCCAAACCCAACGCGUGUUGAAGUAGUAUCGGCAGUCAUUUGGAAAAGCCUAAUACAAGCAUCAAGAUCGAAGUUUGGUUUUAUGAAGCCAUCCACAUGGUGUGCAAUGUUGAACUUGCGCAAACGAUCGGGGCAGGCCGUGACAGAAAACAUACAGGGGAAUUUCGUGUGGUUCGCUGCAGCAUUGACGACGGAAGAGCAGAGCGAAGUAGAGCUCGAGAGCUUAGUUGGUAAACUCAGGAAAGGGAUUGCGGAAUAUAAGGAAAAGCAUCCAAAUGGAGUCAGUGGUGAGGAAGUAUUUCAAACCAUCAAAGCGUUUGUGAGCCUUUUCUUGAGAGGAGACUUAGAAAUCUAUACUUGCAGCAGCUGGUGCAGGUUUCCGUUGUAUGAAACCAAUUUCGGAUGGGGAAAGCCGACAUGGGUGACUUCUCAACCAUUCAAUGAUUUAUUUUUUUUGACUGAUACGAGAGAUGGUGAUGGCAUAGAAUUGUCCUUGUCACUGAAAGAAGACGUCAUGACCAUAUUCGAAAGCAGCGAGGACCUGCUCACGUAUGCUUCUCUGAAUCCGACUGUCAUUUGAUUGUUAUCAUCAUCGAUCAUUCACCAUCAUCAUUAAUUCGUUUUGAUGCUUGUACCUUUUGUGUGUGUGUGUGUUUUUUUACCUACUGUUGUUGUGUUGUUGAUGUAGGACAAAAAUUAGACUAUUUCACAUGCAAUAAAAUUAAAAGAAGGCAUUGA